AGGAGGUGGCGAAGCCUGCGUGGAGACAGCGUCUGUCACUCAGAGAAACUUUGUCUUGUUGACAUUUAUUGCUGCCGCCGCUCGGAUUCUCGCUUCAUUUCACACCACCCCUUUUGUGAAGAAUCCCGAUUUAAAUUUUGUAGAGCUCCCAACGCAAACACACUCACACUUACACUCCCCUGCGCUGCGUUCCGCCCCAAUGCAGUCUGAGUCGGGAAUCGUUCCGGAUUUUGAAGUCGGGGAGGAAUUUCAUGAAGAAGCGAAAACGUUUUACGAGCUGAAGAGUCAGCCCCUGAGCCGCAGCAAUUCAUCAGAGCAGCAAGGAUCAGCUAAACCCCCACUAACCUCCACCAAUAUGACGUCACGAAUACUGCUACGGCAGCAGCUCAUGCGCGAGCAAAUGCAGGAGCAAGAACGACGAGAACAGCAGCAGCAGCAGCAGGCAGCACAGUUUAUUCAGCAGCGAGUGCCAGUCAGUCAGACACAGGCCAUCAACGUCAGCGUCCCCACCAGUCUCCCCACAAAUACCCAGGUGCCAAUGGAAGUCCUCAAGGUGCAAACCCACCUUGAAAAUCCAACCAAGUACCACAUUCAACAAGCCCAAAGGCAGCAGGUAAAGCAGUAUCUGUCAACCACUCUCGGCAACAAGCUGACAAACCAAGCCUUAAGCAUGCCCUGUUCUAACCAACCAAGUGAUCAUGCCAUGCCUCCAGGAACUGGAAGCAGUGCACCGAACAGCCCAAUGGCAAUGCUAAACAUCAGCUCAAACUGUGAAAAAGAGGUCUGGUUACCAGAAAUGAAAAUGAUGGAUGAUGUCAUUGAUGACAUUAUUAGCCUGGAGUCAAGUUAUAAUGAUGACAUCCUUGGACUGAUGGACCCAGGAGUUCCAAUGGCUAAUACGUUACCUGUGCCUGGCAACAUGUUAGAAGUCUACAAUAAUCCAGGGAUGGCAGCUCCUGCCAUUACCAUCAGCAACUCCUGUCCAGCAAACCUACCAAAUAUUAAAAGGGAACUAACAGAAUCAAUGGUUGCAGGCAUGGAACUCCAUUUUAAAAGUCCCUCUAUGAAAAUGCAUAAUGCUCUAUUACCAGAAGCUGAAGCCAGAGCUCUAGCCAAGGAAAGGCAGAAGAAGGACAAUCAUAACUUGAUUGAAAGAAGGAGGCGGUUCAACAUUAAUGAUCGUAUAAAGGAACUGGGUACGUUAAUCCCAAAGUCCAAUGACCCGGACAUGCGCUGGAACAAAGGCACUAUUCUGAAGGCAUCUGUAGACUACAUUCGAAGGCUUCAAAAAGAGCAACACAGAGCAAAAGACUUUGAGUCACGACAGAAGAAACUGGAACAUGCCAACAGACACUUAAUACUGAGGAUACAGGAACUCGAAAUGCAAGCCCGUGCACAUGGAUUGCCACUGGUUAACCCUUCUGGCCUCUGCUCACCUGAUAUUACUGGACAGAACAUUAAACUAGAGCCAGUAACUGAUGAGUGCCACAGCGACAGCUUACAACACCACGCAGACCUUUCUCACACUACUGCUACUACUACGCUGAAUCUGUCUGAUGGAUCUCUCACCUUCAAUGAUAACCUUGGACAUGCUGGUACUUACAAUGCUCCUACAAAAAUGGGUUCCAAGUUGGAUGAUAGUCUGAUGGACGAUACCCUCUCCCCUGGGGAAGCUACCGACCCACUCCUGUCAUCUGUAUCACCUGGUGCUUCAAAGACAAGCAGUCGGCGAAGCAGCAUGAGUGUGGAAGAUAGUGAAAAUGGGUGUUAGCGAGCAAUGUUUUGUUUUGUAACUCUCCAUCUGAUACUACAUUUUUCCUUAAAGUUUUCUUUGUGUUUUUAUUUUUUAAAUUUAGCUUAAAAAGAUCUUGUGUUGCAACUGUUGACAUCUUUAUCAGUCUGAUAAAGAUUUUAAGUCGGCAGAGUAAACAGAAAUGAAUAGAAGCAUUGGAAAGACCAAAUUGUAUCUGUCUGUGGAAAGACAGGGAACUGUUACACUGCCAGAUAAAUGGAGAAGACAAUGAUGGUACCCAGAUAAUAGAAGACAGAAGCUGAUCAGGAAUGUAGAUGGUUUAUUUUAUUCUGAAGUCACUCAAGGCCUUGAAGUAAAUGUAAGAGAAAAAAACAAUCAAUGUACCUUUUAAAUUGGGCAAAUAUUUUCUGUCAUCUGUUUCUUAACAUUUACAUAUGUUUUAAUUCAUUUUUACAGCAAGUUUUGAUUUUGCAUGACUUGUACUCAUUGAUUUGUUUUCAUGCUGGUCCUUUCGGAUUUUUAUUUUAUUUUUGUUUGAGUAAGUAGUUGUAUGAAUGUGCAUACACUGAAGGGUACCAGCAUUCAGUAGGGCAGUACUUAAUAUUUCUUCAGUAUGUUUUUAGUGGAGAGUUUGUUGCAUUGGUCACAGACACUUGAAGAAGUCAGGACAAGAUGUUUUUAGUGAAGUGUCUGCAUAUUUUGUAUUUCUAAACCCAGACUUAUUUAGACAUGUUUUUAAAUUAACUUUGAAAAUGAGAGCAUUACUUGUUCAGAAAACAUGAUUGUAGUACAGUAUAUUUAAAGUGAUGCUUUAGGAGCUAACAUGAUGUGCUAUUUAUUUUAUUUUUUAAACAGUAAGAGUAUAACUAUUAGAAGAAAAUGUGCUGUGUGUAGUUGGAACUCUACCUUUUUAUUCUCUAAUGAUACCUCUUUUGGUAGUAGACCUACAUGUUGAGUCCCUCAGCACUGCAGCAUGCUAAAAAAGAAAACAGCUUUCUGCUUAUGAAAUCAUUACUUGAUAAUGUACUUGCUCUUGAUGAGGUUAUUUGGAUAAUCUUUCUGAUUGUUUGAUGAUGUCUGUCAAGGUGACGGCCAGUUCAGGGUAUUCAUUAGUUGUGAUCAUCAUAGUGAAGGAAGCAGAAAAGAUAAAGUGUGUUGCAUUGUGAAGUGAGCAUGAGGAGGGAAUUAAGAUGUGACACACAGUUUGUUCUGUGAAUGAAACUCAAUUUUAAUUCACAGGAUUCUAUGCCUGAAAUAGGUGGAGAUAAUCUUAGUCUUGAACAAGAUAAAUUGUGUGCCCUACUAUGAAUUCCUUGUUCUCAUUCACAAUUUUAUGGUUGUAUAACCUGUAGCACAUAAUGUACGGAAAUGUUUGGUGAGAAUAAUUAUUUACCGUUGUGUAUUGUGAUAUACUCCACUCACUCCUGCCACAACAGAUUUAUAGUGGUGAUCAAGAAACGACUAGCAUUUUGUCAAAGUGAAUCAAUCAACUGAUCAUCACAAUGAUUGGAAUAACUCUAUUUUAACUACAACAGUGUUGUAAGAUUAGAAAUAUGAUGCUACAUCAUCUACUUUGUUGUGGAUCUAUGCAAUUUCAGUAGCUGUACUUGCAUUAAACUGUGCCUAGGUAAUUGUUUUACACUCAUACCAUUAGUUGUGUGAAAGCUGUGAUGAAGUGAAGACUUUUUAAAUAGGUUUUAAAUUUACAAUGUACUGUAUGUGGCAGCAAAACAUGAUGAAUUCAGAAUGAAGUGCCUUAAAAUCGAUUGCUAAGUCUUUUGGAUAUGCACUGACUGAAGGGUGUAAUACGUGAGGGUUUGGCCUGUGUACAAGUAUAUACGACUUUGCUUGCUGCUUGAAUUCAGAAUGAGAGCUUCCAGUUUCUUUGAUGAUAUGAUUCAAAGUUUUAUUGACAUUGUGCCACCCUUCUGUGUAACUAACCUCAAGACACUGCUUUUAAGUUUAAUCUGAAGGGAAUUGACCACACAGCCUUGUUCUGCCAAAAUCCUGGGACAGAAGAAAAGUAUGCAAUACUAUACUGUUACGUUGAAAGCAAUAAUUCUUGUUAAAUCUUUUCAAAACAGCAAGUGGAGAAAAAUAAGUAAAAUAAUGAAAGAUAAGCACAACAGCCAUGCACUUAUGGAGAUGUGAUUUGAAAUAAAAGAUGCACUUGAUCGAUGGGAGACUGUUGUUUUAGCUGUUAACAAAUUAUAAAACCUGUGUUUCUUGAAAAAAGUAGCUUAAAAUACUGCCUUUUAAUGAGCUAAUUGGUACUGUAAUGUGAUAUUCAUUUGCUGCCAAAUGCAGCAUGCUUUGUGUGUGGUCCAGUAGAAUGUAAAUCACAGGCCCUUUGUUCCAUUUUAAUCCUGGCCUUACUAUACUAGAAGAUGCAUAAUUAUUAGUUAUAGUUAACAUAUUUAAUCCCAUGAGAAAAUAUAACCUCUUUACCAUCAUUACUUAUUCAUUGUAAUGAUCAGUUUUAUAUGUGACUAAUAAAAUUCCACCAUAAAAUAAAGCUGAUUUUGAUUGUUGGAGGCCAAUCAUCUCAGCUUCUGGAUAUCACUCUUCGAGCUUUCCAAACAUCUCCAGAUACUUCAUUGCUAACUUCGUCUGUCAUAAGGUCAGAGUAGCAAUGCUUACUGGUGAUAAAUGUUCAGUUCAGUUGGCAACUCCUCAGAGAAGGAGGCAGUCCUUACCCAUAUCCGACAAGAACUGAAUAAUACUGGGCUGAUAAGUUGCAAGCAGUGUUCACACUACAAUGGUACCAGACAAACGACCAUUUCCAGUAAGGGAAUGUUAGCAUUUCCUGUUGCUAUUCAGCAUUAUCACAGAACUACCCAUCAAUCAGAAAUAACAUGCCGAGGGUUACAAUUCAUAAGAAAUGUAACUGAGCCUGCCAAAACAAAAAUACUGACACCACAAGAGCAGGCCAGAAGUUAGGAAUUAUAAGUGAAUGAUCAUUUUUACAGCUCCAAAGAAGAGGCCUGACAUCGAUGCAUAAGUCAGAAAUGUGCUGAAAUUGUUUACACUUGCCUGGAUGCCAGAAGCUCCAACAGUACCCUAGAAACCAAACAGUGUUCAGAACAAAGCAGCCCACAAUCCACCACCUUGAAAUUCACUCCUACCAAAAGAGUGACAUAUCACCUGAGUUGUCAUUGCAAUCAUCUGUGAGAUGUACAGCAAGAGCUCUCAAGAGUCAUUUGAGAACAUGUUUCAGACCCAGUUUUUUUAAAGUAAAAUUGCCACUCUGUCACCCGACCUGCUUUUGGCUUAACCUGAGGGUUGCUGUGUCUCCAGUGAGGGAAGAGGUUGAGAAAUAGAAUCCUUUAUGCUAACCUCAGCCCACGUGGGAAUUGAACCCACAGUAUUGGCAUAGCCUGCAUUGCAAACCAGCCAAGCUAAAUCAUGAUGUUAACCACCUGGAAGAACAAGGUCAGAAGGCACAUGGGAACAUCAAUGCCUCUGAGUUCCCUUCCAAUGCACAUAAUAUCUUGACUUAAAAAAUAUUACUCUUCUUUCAUUGUUGCUGGAAUAAAAUACUGGAACUCCCUCCCUGACAGCCAUGUAGAUUUCCUAGACCAUGUGGAGUUAAUUAUCCAAGAGUCAGAUCAGCACCACCUCCUCACCAGUAAUUACGUCAUUAAUAGAUGAGCUGACCUUACCAGUUAUCUCCAUAUCCAUGAACAUUAUUUUUUAAAUACACUACUGGUAGUUAUGUAUCUUCUCUAUAUUAUGGCUUAUUUCAUAUUUCUGCCACAAUUAUUGUGCCAUGCAAAGGACCUGAUGAAUUUUAAGUAAUAUGCAUUAGACACAACUAUUUACUGGCUUUCCUACAACCUAGUGAUAUACCCAAGAAAUGCAAAUGUGAUGGUACUCAGCUUUAAGCCACUUGGGCCUAAGCCACAGCAACAAAACAUGUUAUAAAGCAUUAUUUAAUGUUUCUGGCUCUUUGUAUUUAUUUACUUCUGAGUGAAUAGUCAGUCACAUAAGAUUUUGUUACUAAAUUAAAACAGAUCAACAUUUUCCCAAAAUAUUGUUUAAUGUUUGUCUGUACUUUUGUGUCAUGGAGAAAGUACAGUCUGUGAAGAAUGCAAACCUUUUUUUGUUUUCCAAAUUUUGUUGCUUGUGGAUUAAGAAACAAAGCACUUGAAUACUAUUUUCCUGGAAUCCCUCCAUAGUGUCAGAAACCGGUGCGAUAGUACAAAUGAUAACUUCUGUAGAAUUAAUUAGAACAUUACUGUCCAGAAUAUCUCUCUCUACCUUGUGGUUUUCAUCUGGAAUUAAUUCUGUAGUAAGUCUAAAAAUUAUUAAAUAUGUGUUAGUUUCAAAUUGCACAAAAUAGGGUAAAAAGCACAGUAAAUAAAUGUGUGAGUUGCCAUUUCUGAAGAAGAGUUUGAAAGGCUUCUUUAUAGCUUCAGCACCUCUAUAUAGACUCCAGGUUUCAGAGACUAUUCUCUGAGAUUCUCUUGUUACAUAAAUUAUAUACAAUAUAUUGUGACAACAUUUACUGAUCCUGAAACUGCAACUCCUGAUUGUUACUUUUGUAAAUAUAUUUGUAAGUACAUUUGAUGGAAUAGUACCUGUGGUUAGUUUGUAAGUUUCAAACUUUUUACUUUUUGCCAAAAAAUUUACAUUCUAAAUGUAUAGAAAUCGAUGAAUAACAUAGUUACCAACACAUUUAAAUAA